GUCAAAGAUCACUCUGUGGACAAUAUUCUGGCACGUGUCGGGGACUAAUCCAUUAUAUCAUAACUCUUAUGAAUUAGAUGUUUAUUUUGUUAACAAUGUACAAGCAAUUUUUAUUUCUGUUAAUUGUGAAGACAGUGUAUUGUCAGGACAAUGUGUUAGACGUUGCAAAGAAUUUGGGAGCAAACCAGCUAGUGAAAUUACUUCAAGAUGCUGAAUUAAGUAGUGUUCUAAAAGGGAAAGGUCCAUUUACACUUUUUGCCCCCACAGAUAAAGGCUUCAGUGCCCUUCCGGCCGAUGUUUUAGACAAAUUGACAAAAGACAAGACACUCUUAAAACAGGUUCUGUCCUACCAUGCAGCAAGCGGAGCCAAGCUAUCAUCUGACCUGACAAAUGAUCAGUUACUAGAGUCACUGGACAACUCACAAAAAAUCAGAAUCAACAUAUACGAUGGCAAAGUGUUUGCCACGGGAUCUCAAGUUAUCUUACCAGAUAAAAAUGCUUCCAAUGGCGUAGUUCAUAUGUUGAACAAAGUUAUCUACCCUGUCCCUACGGAGAAUGUGGUUGCACUGGCGUCAAAAACCCCGGAACUGAGCACCCUGGUAUAUGCCAUUAUUCGUGGAAAACUGGAGAAAACAUUAACCGAGGGACCAUUUACAGUGUUCGCCCCAAAUAAUGCCGCAUUCCAAAAACUUCCUCCCGGAAAACUGAGUGACUUGCUGAGCAAUGAGACAGCUCUCGUGGAUCUCCUAACCUACCACGUAGUCUCGGGAACGGUUUACAGUGCUGGUCUAAAAGACGGAAUGGAAGUUCCCACGGUUCAGAAAUCAGAAGUCAGGAUCAGCAUAAAUGGAGGUACGGUUAAGGUAAAUGAUGCAACCGUUAUACAGGCUGACGUCAGCGUUUCAAAUGGCGUGAUCCACGUCAUCGAUACUGUGCUUACGUUGCCAUCCUAAAAUACCGCCAUUUUGUGAUGCUGUUCUGUUACUUUAAAU